UCUACCUAUAUCGCCGUCAACAUCGAGCGCCAUCCUUAAGACAACGAGUAGCGUUCAUGUCGCUGAUAAGUGACACGGAUUUCCUUAUCCAUAGCCUUCGUCUGAGCUAUCUGCGAGAUGUCGAAGAUAUUUAUGGUCCUAGAAUAAUAUCUCUCGAUCCCGCCACAUACAGCUCGAAUCCAUAUAUACAUUCCUCCGGUCUUUCAGACUCUGAGAGAUGGCCAGAAAUCGACAUCCCAGCGAGCCCCAAUGUCAGUGAAGACGAAGGGGAGCGUUCCACAGGUUUUCCCGGUGCUCGUCUCAAACACACUCAGACCAUCAUGGGCGGACGGUCAGGUGCUUUUGGCCUCAGAGUCCAUGGGAAGCCUCAAUCUACUUCAAAAAGAAUGUCCAUAUCCGAUACUCCCAGACAAAGGGAUGUCACAGUCCAAAACUUUGUUGCAGGCGGUGCACUCAACGAUGGCCACGACUUGGAAAUCCUAAAACCCAACAAGGACGUCAACGGUCUCUUGAAACUCCCCGAGGAUUCCUCAGAACAACCCGGGUCCUCUAAUGUCGUCGUUGAUGUUAAAGUUGUAGAACCAACCAUCCAAGAAGAAGCUCCUGUUCAGAGGGUCGUUCAGUUCAUUCCCAAAUAUAAGAAUGAGAAGGAGAUGGAGGAGAAGAGAAGACAGAGAAUGGCUGCAAGAAGGAGAGGUCCCAAUGGUGUAUUAGGAGGUCCAACUGCUGCUUUGGCUGCCCCACAACAACCUCAACGACAACCAUCUUUGAAUUUUGAUACCUCGUCCGACGACGAUAUGGUCCACGUCGAUGCAGGUUCAUCUACUGACUCUGACUUUGGUGAUAUGGAGGAUGUUGACGGCGACUUUGACCCAGAAUUUACGGCUCGAGGAAUUACGUCGGUCAGCGUUUCAGAUGCAUCCCUCCCUUCUAUCGCAACGUCUUCCGUUGCAGGCUUCACUGGCAACGCUCGCCCUCGCCUCAGUCCCGUCAAUGAAGGCAGCGGCGCUGGAGGUCGACAACAACACCAACACCCUUCUAAUGCACCACAAACUCAACGCUCAACAUCCGAUGCCAGUACCACAGCCACAAAGUCUCGUAGACCUUCUGCACCUCGAGCCGGAUCUUCCAACGCCUCUGGUUCCAACCCACAAGCAUCCGCAAGUGAAGCCUCCCUAUUCUCACGCAAACACAUACCUCCCCUCCGCCCUCAAAAAUCCUCCCUCACCGCAAUGCUCGCAACAUCAUCCACCUCAAGCAACAACCCCUUCACCGAAAUAUACAGUGCUAUAUCCGGUCGUGGAGAAUCCCAAUCUACUAACGUUCUUGUAUAUUUCCCACACUCAUCUUCCCAUUCCAAACCUAUGGAAUUAAACGUUCGAAAAGACGCAACGGUAGAAGAAAGUAUUGGAUUUGCGCUGUGGACAUAUUGGGAAGAAGGGUGGUUACCUCGCCUGGAUGAAGGUUUGAGUGAAGAAAAGGACCCUGAAAAGUGGGCGAUUAGAAUGAGUGCCGUUGGGUGGAUACUGAGGAUUACGGAGGAAGAUGGAGAGGUCGAUGAUGAUUUUCCUCCCCCCGACAGAACGGGCAGAAUCUCCAGAUUCAAUGCAGAUGCAUACGCUGUCAUCGAAGCUAACGCCGCUCAGAUCGCUCAAAAUCAGAUAUUGGAGAGUAAAAUCCAAAGACCAACCAGGCCUCCCAAUCCAAAACAAAAAUCCGGUGGUGCAGCGGACAAGUCGACGUCCACGUUGAAUUUACCUUUGGCUCCCAUUGUGGGUAGUGCGAGUGCAAGUUUAUUGGGGACGUCUACGUUAGGUUCGGUUCCUCUGUCGACUUCGUUAGGUCCUUCAACGCAAGGACCACAGAUAUUCCUUCGAAUCCGGAUUGCGGAUCAAGCAGAUACAGUCCAUGUCAGUACUACCAUACCUGUCUCUGCCGGAAUGUAUAUGCAAGAAGUCCUCGAAGCCGUCUGUCGAAAACGUGGAAUGGCCAAUAAAUAUUCCGAUUACGCUCUCCUGAUCGCGGAUAUGAAAAUCUUCAUUCCCUUGGAUCGGACUGUAGCAAGUUUGCAGGGGAAAAGAGAGUUGGUGCUCGUCAAGCGAAGUGCGUUGCCUCAGUUGGGAGUUGAUGUGCUUAGGGCUGGGAGGACUACGGACCCGAAUGCAUCCAUAUUCAAACGAAUGUCAGACGCUGCACCUGAAGUUAAACUUUCUGCUGCUAUGGACUAUACGGCUGCGUACAAGAAAUACACCGUGUUCAGGAAACUCCCCAUGCUUGUCACUCGGCAGGAGAAGACUUUGGCUAUCGAUGGGGGUUAUGUACAUAUAAUGCCCCCCAGAACUGCCAAAGCCGUUUUCGACAGCGGUCGAACGUCAUCCUACCAUAUCAAAAGCAUAUCCGAAUGCCAACAAUCCACAAAGUCCCCACAUAUGUUUAAGCUCGUGUUAAAUCGAGCGAGUGGGGAGAAGAGGUAUUAUUUUGAAGCUGAGAAUGCAAAGUUUGCUGGUGAGAUCGUACAAACUGUUAAAUCUCUCAAAGCUAUGAUUGAGAGAUCAAGUACCGUGAGUAAGGCGAGGAGGAGUAGACAGGCUGUGUGAUGUUAGUUGCUUUGGAUUUUGGAACUUGUAUGUAUGUAUGAUUAGGCUUACUAGGUUUUCUUUCCGAUCUUCAUUCAGUCACAUAUGAUCACCGCAGGUUGGGCCAGUCCGAACAAUGUCCCACGGGCCACGGCAUGACUGCAUGACGGUAACUAUAAAUCUA